AUGGCCUUCGCUGCUGGGCUCCUAACGGAUUUUUUUCCCCCUCAUUGGUCAGAAGCCCCCUCCCUCCGAGGUGGGGUGCUGAGAACUUUACUGGAGGCUUCUGAUUGGCUCGGUCUCUGCCCUGGAAGCCCCUUCCUCCCCUUCCCGUCCCCCACUCCUCCUCUGGGAGAGUGGAUUGAAGCGGAGCCUUCUCCUUUGGGAAAGAAGGUCCCUUUCUGGGCCGCUCUAAGCCGCUCUGGAGAGAGGCUGGUGGCGUGGGGCUCCCUCGGGCCAGCGGCAGUGCUUGUGCCCAUGGGGCUCCUUGGUCUGGUCCUGCUCUGGGUGCUGGCGGCAGCGACUUCAGGGAAAAGUCCAGACUUGCUGGUGGGGCAGGCGGCCUCCUGCAUGACUUCGUGCGCAGGGUCAGCUGAUCCCCACCUCCCCGUGGGCACCAGAUACACCUAUCACUUCUCCACCAACACCAGCACCGGCCUGCAGGGGGUCCAGGUGGAGGGGAGUGGUGUUGGCCUCCAAGGCUUGGUCACCCUCGAUGUGCUUGGCCCUUGCCAAAUGGCCUUACAGCUCCAAAACUUCCAGAUGACAUCCAUUCUGGGGUCCAAGGCAGAAGUUUUGAAGGAGUCAGAGAGGUUGAGCGCCGCCCUGGGCCGCGUGCCGCUGCGCUUCGUCCUGCAAGCGCGGCGUGUGGCCCGCCUGUGUCCCGGCCCUGCUGAGCCCCGCUGGGCGCUGAACGUGAAGCGCGCGGUGCUGAGCCUCCUGCAGGGUCACCCGGGUGCCCGAGACCCCCAGACCGUCGAGGAGGAGGAUAUCCUGGGCAGGUGUCCCACCACAUACCAGCAACGCGGAACCAGGCUGCGCAAGACCAAGGACCUGGCGCGAUGCUCCCUGCGCAGGGCGCGCUCCUCCCUGCGCUCCCAGACUCUGCCCUCCGCGGAGCCGGGCCUGGCCUCCCACCUGACCUGCCUCCAGAGUUUCCAGGCCGACGUGCUGAGGGAGGCGUCCUGCGUGGAGCUGGACACCGUGGGGCCCCUCUCCCAGGAGGCCAGUGCCGUGCAGAUGCGGACCCUUUCCUCGCUCACCCUGCUGCAUGAGAUGCCCCUGGAUUCAGCUGUCACAGCACUUCCCAUCUCAGACCCAGAUGAUGGAGACUUAACCCUGAGCAGCCUGUUGUACGAAUGGGAGGAGACAUUGUCCCAGGCUACGGUGGCCACAGUGGCUGCAUCAGUGAGGAAGCUGUGCCUGGCUCAGACCACAAGCUUUGAGGCUGCAGAGCUGUUCCUGUCACUGGUGUCUGAGCUCCGGGGCCUCUCCGCGGUCGAACUGAUGGAACUCUGGGGACAUUCUUUUUUUAGAUGCCGAGACAACUGGCAACCGCUGGUGGAUGCCCUGCCCUCCUGUGGCACCGAAGCCUGCGUGGGACUCAUGGCAGAGCUCAUCGUAUCUGGGGAGGUGGAGGCUGAGGAGACAGAGGCGUGGCUCUGGUUGCUGGCUUUCCUCCCGCAGCCCACAGAUGCCAUGGUCCAAGUGCUGCUGCCACUGCUGCAGACCCCGGGGGCCAGCCCAGGCGCCUUCCUGGGCAUCUCAGCUCUUGUGCACAACCUCUGUGUGUCUCUGGACGGGCCCUGCGGGCAGCUGCCUGGUGUCAACUCCCUUGUGAAGAUCCUGGGAGACGCCUUAGGAGCCGACUGCACCUUCCAGGAGCCCUCGGACACUGAGCAGCUCCAGAUCGUGCUCAAGGCCAUUGGCAACGCCGGCCUGGCAGCCACAGCUCUCACCCCCAAGCUGAGCGCUUGUGCAUCCCUGAGGAGCUGCCCCGCUGAGAUCCGGCUGGGGGCCAUCCAGGCCUUCCGGAGGGUUCCCUGCUCUGUGGAUCGAUCCGUGCUCUCCCGCGUGUACCAAAGCCCCGAGGAGGAUGCUGAGAUCCGCAUCAAUGCCUACCUGGCCCUGAUGAGGUGCCCUGGCGAGGAGCUGUUUGCCCAGGUGCGGCACACCCAGGCAGGAGAGCAGUCCACCCAGGUGGGCUCCUUUGUCUGGAGUCACCUCCUGCAGUUGCUGGAGACGGAUGACCCCCUGAAACAGGCCCUUCGGGAAGCCCUCCCUGAAGACGUCCUCAGCCGGGAGUUCCAUCCAGAAACCUGGAAGCAUUCAUCCUAUUCCGACGUCACCUUCCGCUCAGCAUCGGGCAGCCUGGGAGCCAACCUGGAGGGGACCCUUCUCUUCUCGCCUGCCUCCUUCCUCCCCCGUUCUGCCACAGCCAACCUGACCAUCCACGCCCUUGGUCGUGCCUUCAACCUCCUGGAGCUGGGGCUCCGGCUGGAAAAUGCUGAGGAAGUGGCUCGCAGGCUGUUUGGCCGGAAGGCAUCCUGGGGGCAGGAAGAGGAGAGACAGGCCCAGUCAGAGAAGCCCCCCGUGUCAGAACCAGGGCCCACCCCAGAGCCGGCUGACUCCGACUGUCCAGGAGAAAAGUCCGGAAAGAUGAGAGACCUGCAGCAGAAGGUGACCCAGAGGCACAGGGAGCGGCAGGCGCUGCGAUGUGAGCUGAGCGUGAAGGUCUUUGGGCACGAGCUGAGCUUUGUCAGCUGCGGGAAGAUAGGGAGCCACGUAAAACGCCAGUCCCUGGACCUGGCCGAGCUUGCCGUCAAGCUCCUGAAGGGACAGGAGGUGCAGGUGAACCGGAGGCUGACCCUGGCCAUGGAGGAGCUCACCUUUCCCACUGUGUCUGGCCUCCCGGCCCGGCUGACCCUAAAUGCCUCGGCUGCCAUCAGCAUCCGGGUCCGAGGGACAGCCGACUUCCAGCAGCGCUCAGAUUUCUCUGUGAACGGUUAUGUCGAGCCCAGCGCCCUGCUCCAGAUCUCUGCGCAGAUGGGCACGGUGGGCACCCUGGGGAAGGCCGGGCUGAGGUGGGUGACCGGCAUCCGCAGCACUGCCAGCCUGGACGGCGGGAUCCGGGCGAGGAAGGGCCAGGACCUCAAGGUGCAUCUGAACACGCCUGAGGAGGCCGUGGAGCUGCUCCGCUUCAGCUCUAAGCUGUAUCUCGUCACUGGGGAUGGUGUGAGGAGCCUCAGUCAUGUUCGCAGCUCUUAUGAGGCACAGUCCUGUACCAACAAGGAAGUGUCCCGCAUCUGGGGCUGGCAGCUGUGCACUGAAGUCAGCUGGCCAGCAGCUGGUCAGCCCUACCUGCUCUCAGUGCCUGUGUUUGUGGCUGUGAUGCUGAAGAAACAGGACCGGGGGCUCCGACAGUACCUGCUGGAAGCUGCCUAUAUGCUCCGCACUCAGAAGGACAGCUGGCUCCCUCAAGAAGCCUCAGCCCACCUCUUCAUGGGCACGCCUAAGUCAGAAGUGCCCCGGGAUGUCGGGGUGGACGUCAGCUACAGCUGGCCCCAGAGGAAGUUUCGGCUCAAGCUUCUCCAUCCCAAGAAGAAAAUCGAACUGGAUGGAAAGAUGGAGACUCUCCAGAGUGCUCGCUUGGGUUACCUGGAACUGAUACUGGAUGACAGGGAUGUCUACUACAUCAAGGGCCAAAGCAACCUGUGGCCAGCAGCAGAUGGUGAGGUCCAGCGGUUCGAGGCCCAGCUGGAGGCGAAGCUGGUGACAGCGGGCAGCCCCAUGGUCUUCACUGGGAACCUCAGCCGGCAGGCGGGCGGCAGGCUGGCCUUCUCUGUGUCACUGAGCAACCUGCUGAGUGACCGGGCCCACAUGUCAGUGCUGCUGGAGAAGGAGGUGGAGAAUGGGCUGCAGGGGGUGGCCCUGGAUGGGGAGCUCUUCGUACCGGAGCUCGUGGGACUGCGUGUCCUGGGUCUGCUGCAGCAGCGGGGCCGCCUCUGGACCAGCUCCCUGAGGAUCAAGUACGGCCUGCUGGGUCAGGCGAAGCAGCUGGCUCAAGAGUGCAGCACCAGCCAGAAGCUCUGGGCAGAAAGCGGCUCAGAGGCCACCUAUAAGCUGGAGCUGGGCCAUGAGCUCCAUUGCACACAGAUCCCAGCGUUCAGCCACAAGGUCCACCUCCGGCACGAGGAGGACUCAGGCCACCUGCACUCGCAGCUGGAAGUGAGCUACGGGAGGCACUGGGGUGAGAGCGGCAACAAGAGGCGUCUCCGCGCCAGCCAGACCUUCCAGAACGACUCGGGCCCAGCCCUGAGCAGUCACUUCGUGGAGUUUGUACUGCAGGUGCCAGGGAGGCAGAUGGAUUACCGUAUGCAGCUGUACCACUUCAGCUUCCGCCAGCCCCAUGUGGAGAGCAGCACGCACCUGAAGGUGCAGUACAAUGGGCGGCUGCCCUUUGUGGCAGGCUUGCAGUGGAAAGACACAUCCAGGGCCACCCUGUGGAAGUGGGAAGGAGCCUUGAACCUGGAUAGUCCGUGGCUGAUGGUCUCCAUGGCUCACAGGCUGUACUGGCCCCACCGAGCCACAUUCCAGGCUGUGUUGGAGCUGACCCUGGGCAAGGCUUGGAUCCUCAAGAAUCUGGUGAUGAAUGUGGCCUGCAGGAGCCAGGGCCUCUACAGAGAGGGCAAGAUUCACGUCUACGCCCCAGCUACCACCUACCUCCGGGUUUCCACGGUCACAGCCUUGGCACAGAACCUCUUUCGCAGCCAGAGUGAAGUAGAAUCAGCCUGGAGUGCAGCAAUACAAAGUGAGAUCCACGCUGAGAACAGCCGGGACCUUAAGAUCCUUCACUGCUGGUUGAAGGGCCCCCAGCGGGAGCUGAACCUAACAGCGGCCUACAGGCACGCGGAGCAGCCGUGGAAGAUCCACGUGUCGCUGACGGCUCUGGGGGCUGGUGCCAGGGGCCAGCCUCAGGGCCUGCAGUUGGAGGGCAAGCUGGAGGAGUUGAUGCAAGACGGGAGGUCGUACCAGAAGCGGGGGACAUUCCUCUUUAGGCAUCCCUUGACUCUGCCCAUCCCGCAGAGCAUCCUCCUGCAGGAGACCUUCACGGCCGACAAGCAGCACCAGCGUUACUCCCUGGAGACGAGGCUUGUCCUGGAUGGCCAGGAUGAGACCCUGCAGACCACAGUCCUGGGCUACCAGGCUGGGCACCCCUACGUCUGUGCAGGCCUCUCCCACCCAUACAACAGCAAGGCCAUCCCCAGGAGCUUGGAGGGCUGCGUGGUUGCUUGGAAUCGGCACAUCGCUCAGAACAGGGAACUCGAGGCCACUUUGAAAGUCAACCAGAAAGUCUUGCUGCACUUGAAGGGCCUGCAUCAUGACAGAUCUCGGCGCGAGGAAAUCUGGCACAGCCUGGCCCUGGACUUGGCUCAUUCCUCCCAGCUGAGGUUCCCCCAGGCCCUGAGUUUGAAUGGGGACCUUAUCUUCAGACGGAGUCCCCAGGGAGCAUUCGACGGCAGGGUGGAUGCACGGGCUGCUGUCAACAACAUCACAUCCCAGGCCUCGGUCCAGCUGAAUGGGUCUGACUCCCACGUGGUGUUUUUCUUCCUGCUCAGACAUCCCCAGAGACCAGCAUUUCCUCCAAACUUACAGGUGCAGGCGGCUGCCGGGCACUACAAAGGGCGCAGCCUCAAUGGCUCCCUGUCUGUGCACACGUCUGACAAGGAGCUGGUUCUGCUGGAGGCCAACGCCAGCCAGGAUACCUGGAGAAGCAGCCGGGGCUGGGGUAUGAGUGUCCUCCUCCGCCAGGAGGUCCUCAGAGCCCCCAGGACUGUUCGGCUGCAGCUGUCCAGCAAGGUUUCCCCAGCCAGGAUGUGGCUGUUUUCCAAGGCACUGCUGGACCAGAACACAGCACAACUGCUCCUCAGGGCAUCCGAGGAGCAGAGGGGAGGCCAGGUCCUGACCCUGCAGGGCCAAGUCCAGCACACAGUGGCUGCCUGGGCAGCCAUGCCCCACGUUCUGACCCUCACAGGCAUGCUGAAACAGAAGGAGACGCUCAAAGAGGGCACUAUCAAGGUCACUGCUGACUCAGCAGUGCUAGGAUUCCUCCUGCGGGACAAGCAUGAGAAGUCAGGGAACAGCACUACUGUGCACAGUGUGUCCUGCAUCCUUGCCCAGAACAGCAGCCAGACCCUGCCAGGAGAGCUCCGACUGAGGGGGCGACUGCAAGCCCAGAUGGGGAGCCUUGGGGGCCAGGCCAGCCUCUGGGCUGACGCGGCCAGCCUGUCUCUGGGUGGAGUCUGCACCUGGGGCCCUGGGCAUGGCCAGCUCUCAGGCAGCCUGAGUCACAACAUCAGCACCUUGAGUGAAGCAGGACUCCCCUCCGAGGCAGGGAUGCUCCUGUCUCACACCCAUGUGGCUUCCAACCUCUCAGUUCGUGUGAUGCUGGGUAGUUUGGGGGCCCAGCUGGAUGCCGCCCUUGGCCUGGAGGGCAGGGCUACCAGUGACCUGGGCAGCCGGCUCCAUGCCAGCCUGGGCCACACGGUGCCUGGCCUCAGGCGCUGGGGCCUCCCCUUCACCGUGGACGGCCGCGGACACUUGCAGAGCAUGGGACCCAGUCUGGCUGCUGGGCUGACAGUAAGCGUGGAGGAUGAGCAGCUGCGUAUAGCCCUGGAGAAGAGGGAAGCCAGUGGCCACCCGGGGCUGGCCCUAGGGCUGCACCGUGGCCUCUGGCAGCUCCAGGUGAGGAGGCCUUCACAAAGGGAGAUGAGUUGCAGUGGAGACGCCUCGCCUGCCCAGCUGUCAGUCUGCUGGGGAAAUGUCACCGGGUGGCCUCUUGAACUCUUCAUGGACAUUCAUGACAGUGGCUCUGGCUUUGAGAAUUCCGGACGCGUCUCAGUGGGGCCUGCAUCGCUGAACUACUCCGUGAGCUGCCGUCACCACAGUGGGCACCUGCAGCUCUCUGGCCAGAGCGAUCACAACAGCCUGGUCCUGUUGCAGGCGGGGUUCCCGGGCGAGGCCCAUCUCGACGCUGAGCUGCAGAUGCGUGAGACGCAAGUCCAGGCCUGUGUGACCUUCCGAGGCGGGGAGGCUGGGGUCAGCGUGGACGUGGCAGUCCUGGUGGCCUGCCCUAUGAAUGGCUCCCUGGAGCUGAUGGUGAAUGCCAGCCACACAGCACAUGCUCUCCAGACGCUGGGCCUGCCCUUCACCAGCCAGCUCCUGUUUCGGCAUCUCUGGGCAGAGGAGGAGAUGAGUUCCUCCCUGCAGCUGAUCUGUGAUUCUCAAGCCAACCUGGUCCUCCAUGUCCGUGGCCAGAACCAGGUGCUCAGCAAAGAGCUGCAGCUCUCGGCCCAGCAUCACCUCCCCAUCCUCCUAGGCGGCUGCCCCAGCAGAGCCUCGGCCUCUGCCAAGCUACGAUACUCUGAGGGUGGAGCCGAGAGCACGUUUGUCUUGGUGGUGGAGAAGCGACACUUCCACGUCAGCACCAGGCUGGUGGCUGCUAAGAACCGUCUCGCCAACAUCAUCAAGCUGGAACAGACCUUCCCCCAGCUCAGCACUCUCCCUGGGGAGCUGGUCCUGCAGACCUCAUACGAGCGAGCCCGUGGCACCUGCGUCCUGUACCACGUGGUGCUGUGGGACAGCCAGGAGGUGGCCCUCAAUGGGAGCCUCUCUGGGCCCUGCCUCAAGCCCACCAGGACUCUCGGCCUGCAGGCGGAGCUCACCCACGCGCUGCCCCUCUCCCUGCCGCGGCAUUUCAGCCUCCGCCUGUCCUGCGAGCAUUCUCGGCACGGCCACCAGGAUGCGCUGGUCGUGGGCUGGGAUGGCGAGGACCAGGUGGCGCUCUCCUCCUCUCUGCGGCUGCGGAGGGCCACGCUGGCCGCCCGCCUGGCCGUGGCUCACCCCUUCAACCUCUCCUGGCGGCAUGCUGAGGCCAGUGGCCUUGCUGAGAGCAGGGGCGGCAGGCAGAGCCGGCAGGCGCAGCUUGCCUGGAACGGAGGGCGGCCUGUGACUGUGCAGCUCACCUGGGCCGACAGGUCGUCGGCACACAGCACCAUCUGGGAUGCCUGCCUGGCCGCCUCCCCGGGGCAGCUCCAGGAAACCUGGGGCCUGGGUGCCCUCAGGGCCUGUGGGGCCUUAACACAGUCCUCGACUGUGUUCAGUGAGUGGCUCGAUCUGUCCUGGGACCGGCGCCGGAUGCAGCAGAACCUGACAUAUGAGGCCCUCUUGGUCUCUGGGGAGCACACCCUGGGCGGCAGUAGGCUCCUGCUACACUCCAAAUGCCAGCUGGGCCUUGCCCCAGACCCAGACCACGGCCUGCACCUCAGCCUGAUCCUCCGCAACCACAGCAGGCCCCGAAUGCCUGACUUCUCUGGGGAGUUAGAGCUCCGUGGCCCCAAGGCUCAGAGGCUUGGUCUGCUGGGCCGGGUGUCCACCUCGGCUUCCCGAAGUUUGAUCCAGCUGGAGGGAAAUGUGGACAAUGGGGACGAGAAAGUGAGGCUGUCGGUGUCCCAGGCCCCGAACUGCCUCCAGGCCUCAGUGGCCCAUGAGCAAGGGAGCCAAGAGGAGAGCGUGGUGCUGCGGGCCUGUGCCCACCGGUGGACAGCUGAGGUAGAGGCCCUGCUCCAGGACAGUGGGCAGCCUGUCCAGCCCCUGGGACGCUUGACCCUGCAGGCUGCCAACCAGAGCCUCCGCUUGGCUGCACUCGGCUGCCAGGGGACCCUGCUGGGCCACAUGGAGUCCCGGAUUGCUGCUCUCGGGGCCCAGGUGCAAGCUCGGCUGGAGGAGAAGAUCCGCAGCUUGGAUGCCUACGUGAGAAGGUUCCAGCGCCUGGUGCAGCCGACAGGCACCCUGGACAGUGCAGCAGGCCCCCCUCCAUGGCUGACCCGGGAGGGCCUGGGGGCCGUGUGGGGGAGUGGCCGGGCGGUGGCCACACUGUGGGGCCAGAGCCAGGCCAGGCAGACGCUGAUACGUGUGCUGCUCUACCUGGAGAGGCUGCAGGCGGGGCUGGAGCAGCUGCGGAAUGAGCUGGAACGGCCCCUGGCCACGCUGAAGGACGCUUACUUGGAGGUGACACUGCGGCCCUUGGACGAGGUGUGGCGGGAGUGGGCCGAGGAGGCCAUGCGGUGGAUGCAGGCCUGGGUGUCCCGGAUGCCGGGGGCCUGGGCAUCCAGGCCCAUCGGGGCAGCAUUAGAAGCCACGAGGGGCGCCCUGGAGCUGGCCACUGAGCAGAUGCUGUCUUGGAUGGAAGUCGUGAUCUCACAGGCACUGAGGAGGCUCUGCAAACCCUUGCUGGACCUGUACCGCUUCUCGGCCAGGGACCGCUCGGUGGUGGUGACGCUGCCGCUGCUGCCUGUGGGAGACGAGCCCCUGGAUGUGGCCCGCGUGACCAGCCACCUGGUGGAGGAGAAGCUGCUGCGGCCGCUCCGAGAGCUGUACAGAACCAGCAUGCUGACUGGGUACCACCGGCUCAGACGCCACCUGCAGGGGAGCCCCUCUGGAUACCAUGCUGUGGUGGCUGGGGCCAGGCACGUGGUGACCUUUGACGGCCGGGUGUGGGGUCUCAGCACCCACUGUGGCAGCCUGCUGCUGGCCAGGGACUUCGCUCACGGCACGUUCUCACUGACGCUGAGCCGGGCAGGCUCAGGGCUCACGUCCCUGACUAUAGAGCUGAACCACAACACCCUUGUCUUCUACCCCAGCCUGAAGACCUACAGGCUGUACAACAACUCCCUGCCUGGGGAGAGCUGUCUGGACCUGGUUUUGCCUCCGCCUCCUGCCAAGACCAGGAUCGAGCUGACCAGUGAGGACGGCGUCUCCAUUACCUGUGACGUCCAAGCCGGCCUCUGCAGCCUGACUCUGGGCGUCUGGCAGCACGGCCUGUCCGCCGGCUUCCUGGGCACCAAUGACAAUGAGGCAGACAAUGAGCUGAUGCUGCCGGAUGGCUCGGUGGCCAGCAGCCUGGAGGAGUUCACGCUCGCCUGGCAGGUGGGUAGUGACUGCAGGGUCGUGGAGAAGACUCAGCUGGCAUGCCUAGGACAGAGCCCCACCUGCCAGGCUUUCUUCCAGGACCCCUACUCCAGCCUGGGGAACUGCUUCGGGGUGGUGGACCCCACACCCUUCCUCAACCUGUGCCUCCAGGACACCUGUGGCACCCAAGAGCUCCAAACUGCCUGCCCCCUGGCGGCCACCUACAUUCACCUGUGUGCCCGGGGAUUCGUGCCCAUGGACCCUCCUCCACAGUGUGAAAUAAAAAAAACCUACCCGAAAAUUCAUACGAAAUCGCAGAGGCACCCCAAAUAGCCAAAGCAAUCUUGAAAAAGAACAAAGUUAGAGGACUCACACUUCCUGGUUUCAAAACUUGUAACAUAUGCUACAGUAAUCAAAACGGUGUGGCACUGGCGUAAAGAGACAUACAGACCAAAGGCAUAGCAUAGCCCAGAAGUAGACCCGUGCACAUAUGGUCAAACGAUUUUUGACAAAGAUGUCAAGACCAUUCGAUGGAGGAAGUAGUCUUUUCAUCAAACGGUGUCAGGAAAAAUGGAUAUCUACAUGCACAAGAAUUAAGUUGGACCCUUACCUUAUACCAUAUAAAAACCUUAGCUCAAAGUGGAUCAAAUACAUAAAUGUAAGAACUAAAACUAUAAAACUCUUAGAAAUCUUAAUGACAUUGGGUUUGGCAAUGAUUUCUUAGUAUAAAGGCAGCCUAUGGAAUGGGAACAAACAUUUGCAAAUCUUAUCUGACAAGGGGUUAAUAUUCCAAACACAUAAAGAACUUCCACAACUCAGCCUGUUUUAAAAAUGGUCAAAGGAGUUGAAUAGACAUUCCUCCAAAGAAGCUGUACAAAUGGCCAGCAAGUACAUGAGAAGAUACUCAGCAUCACUAAUCAUUAGGGAAAUGUGAAUCAAAACCACAAUGGGAUACAAACACAUCUAUUAAGAUGGCGACUAUCAAAAAAUUAGAAAAUAGUGUUAA